AUGGCGAUGUGGAAAUGUUCCUACUCUGGAACAAUCAUUCUGGAAGAAGAAGCUGACAUAACAGUUUUGGACCCUCCUGAUCUCAAAAUAGAUGUGGAACCCAGAUACAAAGAUGGAAAGAUUAAAGAAGGCGAGGACUUCUUUGCUUCUUGUAAUGUAAUAUCGUCAAAUCCACGAACUGACAACGUGGCAUGGACUUCAUUAUUGGACAAUUUUCAAGUGGAUCCUAAUAACCCACUGGAAAUCUUAAGCAUUACACGUGACAAGGCUGGAGAAUACAUGUGUUCAGCAGAGAAUAUAUACUAUGAUGGAAGUACAGGAAAUACUGAAGAGAUCAUUAUAAUAGAUGUGCAAUACAUUCCAGUUGUUGUGUUGGAUGAGAGCAAGACUGUGAAAGAGGGAGACGCAGUGAGUAUGAUCUGCAGUACAUUCAUCACGGAAGCCAAUCCCGCUGCCAGUGAGUUCCAGUGGAUCCGUAAUAGUGCUGUGGAGCAGACCACCGAAGAAUUAACCUUAGAUAGCGUAGCACGAAGCGAUGCUGGGUUGUACAGUUGCUGGGCCUUCAAUUAUUUCUAUGAUGGCAGUCUAGGGAAGGGAGAGAGUACUACUGAGCUUGUUGUCCAAUAUGCCCCUGUUGUGACUGUGCCAUCAGUGGUAGCUCGUAGAGUAGGAGAGACACUGACAAUUGAGUGUGAGGUUGAUUCUCUGCCUGCACCAGAGUCAGUUCAGUGGGUUGCACCAGGUGCGGAUCAGCCACUCAGUCAGACAUCUACUGUGGAAUUAGUCGACAUUGGUAAAGGUGAAGGCGGAAUCUACACAUGUAAUUCACAGAAUACUUUCUAUGACGGUGUACAAGGCACUGGUAGCGCCACAACGAUAGUACAAAUUGAAUAUGGUCCUGAGGUGAGUCUGGAAAGUCCAUUAUUGCCAGUAACUGAGGGAACCAAGGUGACUAUUAACUGUACUGUUGAUAGCCAGCCACCACCUUUUAAAUACGAGUGGACACAGAUCAUGAAAGAUGGAACUGUCAAUGAACUUGGCGAGAAUAUGGAAUAUCUAAGCUUUGCAUCGGUCGAUAGAUCUAAAGGCGGUAACUACACUUGUAAAGCAACAACAAAGUUCUACGAUAACAUGGAUGAAGAAGCUUCAGCCUCGGCAAAACUUGUUAUCCACU